AUGGAUGAUCCACAGAGUGAUCAGCAGAGGAUGUUGCGGCGCCACCACCGCGAGAAAAAAGAGCUUCAGGCCCGAAUCCAGAGCAUGAAAAGCGCAGUGCCCAAGACAGACAAAAAACGAAGAAAACAGCUGCACCUUGACGUGGCUCGCCUUGAAGCUGAGAUGGAGCAGAGGCACCGACAGGAGCUGGAGAAGUUCUAUGAGAGCUUCCCCGGCAGCAGCAACCUGGAGAUGGUCACCGAUGAUUUGGCGAAGAUGGAUCUUGAGAACCAGCCACCCCGCCCAUCGAAGGCACAGAGAAAGCGCGAAAGAAGAGCUGCCCUGGAGCGAGAACGGCAGGAGAGAAUCGCUGAGGCCGAGAUGGAGCACCUCGACAGCUUCCGCUGCGAGGAGGAGGAGAAGGUCGCUGCCAUCCUUGCAACCCGGAAUCUGGAGAUGAAAGAAAUACCAGCUGAUGGCCACUGCAUGUACCGUGCCAUCCAAGACCAGCUGGUGUUCUCCGUGACGGUGGAGAGCCUGAGAAGCCGCACUGCCAAGUAUAUGCGGAAGCACAUAGAAGAUUUUCUGCCCUUCCUAACCGAUCCAGAGACCGGCGAUGCCUACUGCCUGGAAGAUUACAUGACCUACUGCGACGAGAUUGUGUGCACCGCAUCGUGGGGAGGCCAACUGGAGCUACGAGCCCUGUCGCACGUCCUGCAGAUGCCCAUCGAGGUGAUCCAGGCCGAGUCACCCAGUGUGAUCAUCGGGGAGGAGUACAACAAGAAGCCAAUCACGCUGGUCUACAUGCGCUAUGCCUGCAGCUUCGGAGAGCACUACAACUCAGUGAAGCCCCUCGAUGCAGGUGCGGUGGGCGGCCAUGCCCCGAGGCUCUUCUAGCCCAUCAUAGCCAGAGUGGAUGUCGCCGCCACUGCAUCUCUUCAGUAGGCUCCUUUGGUUAGCUGCUUUUUUGGGUCCCCCUCCCUUUACUUAAGAUUGAUCUUUCUAGCCUCUAUCCCCUCCUCCUUUCCUUACUUGGCCAUUCUGUCCUCCUUUCCUUCCAAUGUUGCUUCUUUAUGGGGCAGGGGUAGGAAGACUAAUUGCAAAAAAAAAAAAAAAACUGUUAUAAGCUUUAAGGUUAAAAAGGGAGAUGGGAGAAGUGGGAUUUUGAUGAAUUAUUUGGGGAAAAAUUCAGGUUGGGGUCUUUAGAUUGGCAUAUGAAUACACUGGAAUAAUUACAGUGGGCAGUUUCUGUAACUUAAAGACUUUAUGAAAGCAUUUUGUUUAGUUUUUUGUGGGAAAAUAUAUCGAGGGUGUUUUUGAGGGUUUGCUUUUUGUUCCAGCUUGAUUACAUCUCAAGUCAUGAAUGAAAACUUACAUAGGACUUUUUUGUGGUUCCAGAU